AAUUUUUUGUGGGUAUAUUCGCGUAGAUGGUCACACCCGACCACCACAGCAAAAAUAUAAAAGAAACCAAUCCUAAUAAUAAAGAAAAAAGUCAAUUUAGUGCAAUUACUUGCAAUAAAAACGUCUAAUCCUAGCUAGAGUUAAGAUCGGCUUGUCCCAACGAACUAAGUCAGAGCUAAGAGAAGUUUAAAGUCUAUCGAAACAAAGGGAAAGCAAAAAGUAUCAAAAUGUCGGAAAUGCAAAUGGAUUGUGCUCUGGAUCUAAUGCGACGACUGCCGCCCCAGCAAAUCGAGAAGAACCUCAUCGAUCUGAUUGAUUUGGCUCCCGAUCUCUGCGAGGAUUUGCUCUCCUCCGUGGAUCAGCCGUUGAAGAUAGCCAAGGACAAGGAGCACGGCAAGGACUACCUGUUGUGUGACUAUAACCGAGAUGGGGACUCCUACCGGUCCCCCUGGUCGAAUUCCUACUAUCCCCCGUUGGAGGAUGGCCAAAUGCCCUCGGAGCGACUGCGAAAGCUGGAAAUCGAGGCAAACUAUGCCUUCGAUCAGUACAGGGAGAUGUACUACGAGGGCGGAGUCUCCUCUGUGUAUUUAUGGGAUCUGGACCAUGGAUUCGCCGCUGUUAUACUCAUCAAAAAGGCCGGCGAUGGCAGCAAGAUGAUCCGUGGAUGCUGGGACUCCAUACACGUAGUGGAAGUACAGGAGAAGACCACUGGCCGGACGGCCCACUACAAGCUCACCUCCACGGCGAUGUUGUGGCUGCAGACCAACAAACAGGGUUCGGGAACCAUGAACCUGGGUGGAUCCCUCACCCGCCAACAGGAACAGGAUGCCAACGUCAGUGAGUCCUCGCCACACAUCGCCAACAUUGGCAAAAUGGUCGAGGAGAUGGAGAACAAGAUCAGGAACACGCUCAACGAGAUCUACUUCGGCAAGACCAAGGACAUUGUGAAUGGGCUGAGGAGCACACAAUCGCUAGCCGACCAGCGCCAGCAGGCGGCCAUGAAACAGGACCUCGCAGCAGCCAUCCUGCGGCGCAAUGUCAAGCCCGAAUCGAACUAAGCACUGAGCGGCUAAAGGCUGAAUUUCCACAUAAAUCAACCAUGCAGAACUAGGCUACGAGGUCCUUUAAUACACGACUGUUUCCUGAAGAGAGUAAAAUAAUAUGCGAAUUGUAAGGCACUGCUGCCCUCGAAAUAUUAUCUAAAUGAAUGCCACCAUUAUCAUUUCCAUAAUAUUUAGGCUUCAUCUACCCAAUUCCCUACUAUUCACACUCUUUCAUACAGUAGGUGGGACUUCGCUUAGCCUGGACCGAAUUAAGCAGACUAAAAAUAUUAUAUACGCAUUUCUAGGCAGUAAAUUUGUUACAUGAGAAAAUUGUUACACCACGAGAAACAUAUUAAUGUAAAUUUGCCCGCCCGUUUUCAACUGUCCUCCCACAUUGUUGCUAAUUUAGAGUCGCGCUUCAUCCAGUAGUUCAGCCGAAAAUGCCAACUUCGCCGCCCUCAAGACAGUAUCCAUAAGUAUUUGUAUCUUAUUUGUAAUAUUGCAUAUUUGCACUGAAGUCGAGGCAUUUGAGUUUCGCAUUCAUUUGCAGCCCGUUCUUAAUUCUAACGCGAAUAAAUAUUGUGUUUCUUAAUUGUGACUUUGUGUAUGUGUGUGCUCUAACCAUUAAGGAGCUCGAAGCAAAUAUAAACUGAAAUCGCUUUGUGAUUGUAUUAUCUGAGGAAAUGCACAUUACCUUCUCUUCUUUACUUAAUAUUUUUUUAACCAAAAUUUGGAAGGCAAAGAGAAAUUUUAUACAAAGAGAAAACUAAUAAAUAUUGAAUUAUUA